CCGACCGAAGGGAGGUGUAAGCGUUGUUUCGACGAACUAGGCCAAACGUUGCCCCCAAUCAGGUUUUGUUAUCAAGGGUAAGAAGACUGGUAGAUUCGUCCAUUUCGAACGUCUGUAUAGCACAUGAUAAUGGCGCCGAAUUCGUCGCCGAUGUCAUCACUGCAUUAAAAUUGUUAUUUGCUGAUAUGUGUUUUAUUAGAGGUCGGCCAAGACAUCCACAAAGCCAGGGUUUGGUAAAAAGAGGUAAUGGUGUGCUUUGUGAUUCUUUAGGUAAAUGGAUGUCAUCAACGAAGUCAGAACAUUGGUCGGAUGGUCUGUGCCUGUUGUGUAUGGAAUAAAUACACGCGUGGCAUGUGGUAUUAAAUGUACACCACAUGAGAUAAUGUUUGGGCAGUAGCCGCGUUCAGAUUCAGAUUUUUGGCGAAUUAUCAAAGAUCAAAAUGUUACCAGUGCCAGUGAGUUAACAACUUGAAAGAACAGUAUUAUAAUAGAGAAGUGAAAAAACAGUCAAAUGUAAUAAUGAAUGCGGAAAAAGCUGUUUAUAUAGAACUAAAGGUCUCUUCAUAUCUGACGUCUUCUCUGUUUCUUUUCCCCAUUUCAUUCAUUAUACAUUCUUUAUAUCUCAUUGUUCUGUCGUUAUUGUACCUGCGUCUAAUAUAUUUCAUAUAAUAUAUUUUUUCUAAAGGCAUUUCUAAUUUUGCCUAAAUCAGUACAAGUUAACUUAUCUCAUAAUAGACAAUCUCUAGCUAAAAUUUAUAGUUUUUGCCUAGUGAAGCCUUAAAUUUUAAUUUUGGCUUGAAAAUGCUAUUCAGAUUCUAAAUUUGGCUGAACAAUCUUCAGCCAAAAUUGAAAUUUUAAUUUUGACUAGCCAAAUUUAGAAUUUGGCUGGCCAAAAUUAAAAUCAAGAAUCUAAUUUUAAUUUUGGCUGGGAAUCGUCCCCAAAUUUAAAAUUUGACUGAAUUUUAAGUUUGGCUACAACAUAUAUAUGCUACCGAUGAUCAUAUGAUCUCGAAUGAGCAAAUAAAAGAAAACAUUACAGCGCUGUCGCUGCAGUGAUCACACUGGAGUUGAUGAAAACAAGUCUCUCGUUUUUCCUUUCUCAUGUCUAUUUCUUAAGAAAUACACAAAAAAUAAAACGAAAUCUUAUUUCUACCUAUUUGAUUCUUCUUGCUCACUUAUCCACAUCGUGUGUUAUAACCGCUGAUAUUUUUGUAAAAUUAGAAAAUACUUCAAAUGGCAACGUCUAGUUCCAUUAGCAGUACUUCUGUCUUACAAACUGUUCAGAAUAAAUCAACUAAAAAAGGUAAGCCAAAGUCUUGUGUCAAGAAAUUUUUCGUUAACUACAAGAACAUGCCGAUGGUAAAACGUCAAGUGAAUGUUUGGUAUGUAAACAUUGAUGGAUUGAUUCAUUAAAAAAUAAUGAUAAUAAGGAUGUAAUUGUAACUCAACCAAAAACUAAAGAUGCAUUUAAUAAUAAUAAAACAACAAAAUACGGUAGUCAACAUCCUCGUCAAAUUGAAUUAAACAAUAUGAUAAUCAAUGAUUUGAUAAUAGAUCUUGGUUUGCCUCUAUCGAUUGUUGAACAUCCCGCAUUUUUACGAGCAAUGAGUAAAGUUGAUACUAAAUUUCAUCUUUAAAGUCGCUGAAGUAUCUGUCGAGAAUCUAUACCUGCUUUACAUGUUAAAAUGAUUCGUGAAUUGAAAACAAUAUGUACAACUGCUGAAUUUAUCUCAUUGACGCUAGAUAUCUGGACUGAUCGGAGAAUGAGACCAUUUUAUGCUGUAACUGGUCAUUCAAUCGUUGAUUGUGUUUUUAAAUCAUAUGUUCUCUCAUUUUUGCCAUUAACAGGUAGCCACACUGGUGAAGCUUUGCUAAAUGAAUUUGAAAAAAUAAUUUCAUCAGAUUAUAAUAUUGAAAACACACUUGUACGACUGGUAACCGAUAAUGCUGCUAAUAAUGUUAAAGCAUUUAAAAGUUUGAUAGUUCCUGGUUUUGAGCAUUAUUUUGAAGGUGAUGAUGAUGAUGAUCCGGAAACAGAUGAAAAUAAUUUAAAUGAUAAUACUGAAAAUAUAUUUAACACAUUGGCAAAUAAUAAUUCUGUUAAUUUAUUACGUAUUCCAGUAACAAAUUUGGAAGCCAAUAAAUAUUCAAUACCGGUUGCUUGUAAAACUCGUUGGAACAGUCAAUACAAUACUGUUAUGAAAAUAAUUGAAAUACCAGUUAAUGUAUUAAAUGAAUAUUUGAAUCACUGCAAUAAAGAAGAAUUAUGUUUAACGUCAAGAGACAUUGCAAUAUUGCGUGAAUUCCUCUCGUUGUUCGCACUUUUUGCCGAAGCAACUGUGCGGGCUCAAGCACAAAAUUCUCCAUCGAUAAGUUUGGUCGCACCUAGUCUUCUUGGUAUUUUUUUCGAUUUGGAAAAUGAAUUGGAAGAUUGUUGUAUUUAUACGUCGAGUUUAUGUAAGAUAUUGAUAACAUCGUUAAAAGCUCGCUUUGGAGGUCUUUUCGAAAGAUUCGAUAUUUCCAUCGAAAAUAUGGUUAAAAAAAAGAUACGUUUCACCUUUUUAAAGAUGAUAUUUUUUUAA